AUGCAUCUUUCACACGUUCUCGCUAUCCUCUCUCUUACGGCAGGCUCUAUCGCUGCCCCAGGAGAUCGCGGCAGCUACACUGUUUCUGGUUUGGGAUCGCGUAAGAAAGCCAUUCUUGAUGCUGGUGGAAAUACUCUUGAUCUUGCUAUCGCUAUGCUUGAGGACGAGCGCAUGCAGACCAACUACCCAUACGGUGAUGGAAAGACUCUUGACGCUGCCAACUUUGGUGUAUUCAAGGUCAACUGGGGCAUGCUUCGGACCUGUGCUUCUCGUGCUGGGUUCAAGGGUCAGCGCCAAGACCAGUGGAACAACGGCGCUAAACUGAACUCUGAUAUCUAUGCUGACGUGGCCUCCCGAUGGGAUUGCCAGAACUAUUUCGGGUACCAAAAGUGGUUUGCAGGCCACCGCAACGGUGAGACUGGUUUGAACAAUCCCAACACCGAGGACAUCAAAUUCUAUCGCGAGUCUGUUGAGUGGAUUCAAAGGCAGAUCGAUUCCAACUCUAAGUACAAGUCUGAUGACACCCGUUUCUGGGUUGACGUUACUCCCAUUUAG